AUGUUCAUGCUCCCUCAGGGUUCAGCGGAAGCGGAAGGGCGUUCUGACGAAAAUCCGAUUGUUUUGUCUGGGGACAAGCCGUCUGAGUUCAGGAAUUUCUUGUGGGCUUUAUAUUCACUGCCGCCUGUUCUACGCACGGUCUAUUCCUCCUCAGCGGAUUUAAAUCUGUUGAUCGAUAUCGCCCGCAUUUCCAACAAAUACUCCUUCAAAUCUCUUGAAACAUGGGCCCUCGAUGCUGUACAAGAAUAUGUAAACCGGAAACCUUCACCCCUUCUUGUUGGUCUAUCCAAUUCGCCUGUUAUUCCUUAUUCCGGGACGGAAACAUCACUCGCUUCAGAUCCGCCUCAUGUCAUACCAGGUAUCGAGAGCACAACCCAGCUAACGAGCCUUAUACAGCUCGCGCAGUUCUGUGGACAUGAACGCCUUCUUAGUACCAUGAUUUCUCUUUUGAGACAGCUCAUGGGAAAGUCGCUACAGUAUGCUUACCUGGCUAUGACGUUGGCCGACGAUCUGGAUUUGCGAGCCCUUAGAGGUGCUGCAUACAUGGAAAUUAUGCAAAAAUCAACCGUCGUGAGACGUGGAGGGUCGACACAAGCCGUUCCAAAUGAAGGAGAACUCGACGACGAUGGUAGACUCGUUAUCAGUGCUGCGCAACAACUUCGCCUUCUGACUGGGUAUUGGCACCUCACACGGACUUGGGAGCGACUUCGAGUGUCACCACCACACUUCGUUCAUGCCUCCUCGUGUGGAGCAACUUGGCAUCAACAUGGAUGUACUCAAAGUUGGGUCGAAUUUUGGAAGGAUAAAACGAAACAUGACGCUGUACUCUCACUGGGGCUGGCCGAUGUAACGGGAAGGUUAAAACAAGUGCAGAAGGACUAUGAUAGAUGGGGAAGUGCGACAUACAUGCAUCAUGACUGUCGUAUGGCCGCUCGGAGAAGUAUAGCUGAAUUGAUCAGGCGUGUUGAGGAAAAGUUACCUGACUAUUUUUCGGAUGAGGGUUGUGAUGUAGAUGUACAAUUGUAG